GCUUGUUGCUGCCUCCUCUGGACGAAGAAGAAGAAGACUGAGUUUUCUCUACGCAAACCCUAACAAUGGCCGAGGGACUCGUGUUGAAGGGCACCAUGCGCGCCCACGCCGAUGCUGUUACUGCCAUCGCCACUCCCGUCGACAAUGCCGACUUCAUCGUCUCCUCUUCCCGGGACAAGUCCAUCGUCCUCUGGAAACUUACCAAGGAAGACAAGUCCUAUGGCGUUCCUCAGCGGAGACUCACCGGUCACUCUCACUUUGUUCAGGAUGUCGCCUUAUCCUCCGACGGUCAGUUUGCUCUCUCCGGAAGCUGGGACGGCGAGCUCCGUCUCUGGGACCUCGCCACCGGCGUCUCCAGCCGCAGAUUCGUCGGUCACACCAAGGAUGUUCUCUCCGUCGCGUUCUCCGUUGAUAACCGUCAGAUCGUGUCGGCGUCUCGUGACCGUACGAUCAAGCUGUGGAACACGCUCGGCGAGUGCAAGUACACUAUCUCCGAUCAAUCUGAAGGUCACAGGGAAUGGGUGAGCUGUGUGAGGUUUAGCCCCAACACCCUUGUGCCGACCAUUGUCUCGGCCUCAUGGGAUCACACCGUGAAGGUGUGGAAUCUCCAGAACUGCAAGCUGAGGAACACGCUCGUAGGUCACUCGGGCUAUCUGAACACGGUGGCGGUGUCACCGGACGGUUCUCUCUGCGCAAGUGGCGGGAAAGACGGCAUGAUCUUGCUGUGGGACUUGGCGGAGGGGAAGAAGCUGUACUCCCUCGACGCGGGUGAUGUGAUCCACUCGCUCUGCUUCAGCCCCAACAGGUACUGGCUGUGCGCUGCGACCGAGCAGAGUAUCAAGAUAUGGGAUCUGGAGAGCAAGAGCGUUGUUGAGGACUUGAAGGUUGAUCUCAAGGCCGAGGCAGAGAAGUCUGAUGGCGACACUGGAGCCGCUAACAAGCAGAAGGUGAUAUACUGCACGAGCUUGAACUGGAGUGCAGAUGGAAACACAUUGUUCAGCGGUUACUCUGAUGGAAUCAUCAGAGUCUGGGGUAUCGGCCGUUUCUAGAUGAUGAUGCCAUGAAGAAGAAGAAGUUGCUGUCUUUGUCCAUUGAUGAUGAUUGUUAGCGGACAUGCCAAAAAAAAUACAGAACAAAAGCCGUUUCCUUUCAUUUCUCUCGUAUAAUUGUUUUAUAUGCCUUGGAACCUCUGUUUUUUUUAGAUCGCUCUCUUUUUAUGCCCUUCCCUGUUCAUCUUUUGGUCACGUGACAUUCGUAACAGCAUUUUGUCUUUAUUUUGAUGGCACUGACUUACCAUCCUGUCCUGUGAUGGAUUCAAAUUCUUUCA